AUGGACGAGGCGGGCCCCUCUCAACAGCCCUACACCCAGGCCAUUCCCACGCCUGCUUCGAACACGACGAAUGAGCGCUCUGAGCUGUCGGCUCCGUCCUCGUCCGCGUUCGCUGCUUCAGUGCCCGCUGAAUCUGAUUCCCAACAGGAUACGACCAGUAGCAGUGUAGACCCUACUGUUGAAUCGUCGUCGUCUUUUCCGGUGCCUUCGACCUCGAUCGAUAUUGUCGUCGAUCCACCGCGUUUGUCGACCGUCGGAGCUCCGGCUGCACCGUCCUCAUCCUCAACCCGCUCAACCACCUCAGCCUCCGCAGCUCCUGCUGCAGCAACGCAGGAUGCGCUCCGAUCGAGCACUUCCGACCGUGCUCCUACUGCUUCCUCCGCCGCGGCCUCUGCGGUGGACCCCGUCAUCAUCACCCACAACCCGGACGGUUCGCGCGCGCCCGUCGUCGCUCACGUGCUUGGAUUCGCCGCCGUCCGAGCGAUCGCGAACGCGCACCCCAACCCCCAACCCUACGUCGAACCACCACCGUACGUCGCUCCGACCCACGUCGAUUCGGCCUCGACGGGGAUCGCCAAGAAUUCGCACCCGGUUCGGAUCUCCUUGACGGAGGAAGAAGAACGCAUGCGUCCCGAACAACGUCACGCGCUCCAGGUCGCUGCUGCUCGAGCGGCGAAAGCUAAAACCCCCGAAGUGAUGAGGGAGGAACAAGUCUUGCGCUUGGAUGCCAAGACGCUGAAAAAGAUGGGCUUGGGCAGGACGCCGAGCGGGUAUUGCUAUUCGAGUCGGAUGACGAUGCAUCAGCAGUUGCCGGCUGUGGCGAGGGGGGAGUUGCACCCCGAGCAACCGGCGAGGAUUACGGGCAUUUAUCACAAAUUGAAUGGUCAGUGCAGUGCACGUAAAGUGGGGCUUCGAGUGCGUGGUCUUGACACUCCUUCUUUUGAAACAGGCACGGGCUUCCUGGGAAGGAUGGAACGAAUCGCCGUUCGAGAAGCGUUGCGGGAUGAAGUCACGUUGGUACACUCGCAAGCCCAUUUCGAUCGCGUCCGAGCCCUAGGAUGUGAGUGAUACCGACCUCGAACUCGACUUAUUCCCCCGCCGUGUUGACCCCAUAUCAAGCUCGCAUCACUCCCAGUUCAAACACCCGAAUACCUCGAAACCUGCUCGGAAUACUUUGAUCGACUGUCGCUUUACGUCAACCCUGAUACGGCGCUUUGCGCACGUUUAUCGUGUGGUGGGGUGAUUGAGAUGUGUGGUGCCGUCGCCGAAGGACGGAUCAGGAACGGAUUCGCUAUUGUCCGGUAGGUGCUGUCGACCUCGCGGGAACCGCUUCAUGCGUCUAGAUACUAAGCAGUCCGGAACGAAUCCCUACAGCCCACCGGGUCAUCACGCCGAACCCGAAGACGCGAUGGGAUUUUGCUUCUUCAACAACGUUGCCGUCGCCGCGAAAUGGUUACGCACUAUAUACGACGACGGCCAAGGCGCUGCUUCCCAAUUUGACGCUAAUUCAACCUUACCCUCGACGACGGGUACGACGCGCGUCAAAAAGAUGAACAAGAUCCUCAUCCUCGAUUGGGACGUUCACCACGGCAACGGGACCCAAAAAGCCUUCUGGGAUGACCCCAACGUGCUCUACAUGUCCCUCCAUCGCCACGACGGUGCCUUUUAUCCCGGAGGAACGUACGGAGCCGCCGAAACCGUCGGUGACGGACCCGGGAAAGGGUUCUCGGUCAACGUCCCCUUCCCUCAUACAGGGAUGGGGGAUGCGGAUUAUAUCUACGCGUUCCAACAGAUCAUCAUGCCGAUCGCGUACGAAUUCGCACCGGAUUUCGUGCUCGUUUCGGCAGGGUACGAUGCUGCGGAGGGGGAUGAAUUGGGGCAGAUGAAAGUCACACCGGCUGGGUUCGCGCACAUGACGCACCUACUUUCCGUUCUCGCCGAUGGGAAGCUCGUCUUGGCUUUGGAAGGGGGUUACAACGUCGAAUCGGUCGUUAAAUCGGCUCAUGCUUGUGUGGAAGUCUUGGUCGGCGAUGAACCGAGGAGGUUGGAAUUGGGCGCCGCGAGUCAGUCGGCUACGAAUGUGUGUCAUGAGGUGAUGAAGGUGCAGAGCAAGUAUUGGAAAUCGAUGGGCUAUGCGUUGGAAUCGCCUGAAGAGGCGAAAGAUGCGGGGAGGAUGAUUCCGUUGGCCGGUGAGUCCGAACGGUGGCUCAUCUUUGUCCAAGAGGGUUUCCUGUGACUGAUCAGGAACGAUUGGCAUUACCCUGGCUAGAAAUGCUCAAGUCGCAUCGGGUGUACGAGCUGUACCACGACUAUGCGAUGUACAACAUCGAGCUUGCAGAUCCUGAAUUGGAGGAGGCGUACAAGGAUCAAGUGCUGUGCUCGUAAGCAAAGGUCGGCAUCUUUCUCGAACGGCCACAAUCGUUGACGAUCCGCUUUGUAAACCCACAGUUCGGAUGUGUACGACUGCGAGACCCUGAUCAUCUUCAUGCACGACAUUGGCUCGAUGAAAGCGUCCUUCACCGCCGCGAACUUGGACAUCGAUCUCGAACGGACGACCUUGAUCGACACCUCUCGCGAAGUCUUGGACUGGGCCAUCACCGACAACAACUUUGGUCUGAUCGACGUCAACUUUCUCGCGCAUACCGUAACGAACAAAGGAACGAUCAUCCCCCCCGAUCUCGCUCGAGAUGCUCGAUUGGAGAAGGAAUUGGCGCUGUUCGUCUGGGACCAAAUCGCCGGUUUAUCCGUCGCGACCAACAUCGUGCUCUUCAGUAUGGGUACCGGAUCCCGCGCGAUGAUGCACGUUCUACAAAAUCGCCAAUCCGUACGGGAACGGGUUCGCGCGUGCAUCGAAAUCCUCGGCCUCGAACACCCUCCCGAAUUAGGCGCCGAAUCCGGCAUUCGAGGUUGGUUCAAAGAGAAAUCGCUCGUCAUGUUACCCUCGACUCACCCGUUGCACGAGGAUUCGAGGAAGGCGGGGAAGCAUCAGAAGAAGUAUGGGAACGUGUUCAGGUCGAUGCCGGACGAUGAGGGGAGACCGAUUCAUUUGUUGAGGGCUUCGAUGGGUAAGGUCAAGGAGUUUGUCAGGGAUAGGUUACCGGUUUCGACUAGGCCGCCGAAGGAGAGGGGGAGUGAGGAGGAGGAGGUGGUGGAGAAGGAACGGACUAUGGAAGAGGAGGUGGGGCAGAAUGGGUCGGGUGCUGCGAUUGGUGGGGAGGCGACUGCUCCGACGACGAUGACAGGGGACGCGAUGGAGCUCGAAACGGGCAAGACAGAAGAGGUCGCUGCUGAGGUCCAAGAGCCGAAACCCGUUGCGACAACGGAGGAAGCUCGAACAACUUCCACUUCCAUGGCCGUCGAUGGCGUUCCGGCGGAAACUUCGGCACAGAACGUUGAGACUGGAGCUGUGAAUGGUGGUGCCGAUGUGACGAUGGGGGAGGACUAG